AUGACUUCCAGCAUGACUAAUCCAAGCAGCGCCCCCUACAAUGCCAGCUCCUGCCUCCCUCACUUCCCGCCCCGGGCAGUCAGUGCGGCCCUCUCUCGGUUCUACACGGCCCUCUUGGUCUUCAGUGCUCUGGGAAACAUCCUUGCCCUGUGCCUUGCGUGUCAAAAGGUCAAGACGAUCAACUCAACGGGUGUCUACUUGGUCCGCCUGGCCGUGUCUGACCUGCUGAUCACGCUGGCCCUGCCCGGAAGGGUCGCUUACUACGCGCUGCACUUCAGCUGGCCUUUCGGCGAAGGGCUCUGCAGGCUGACGGCAUUCAUCCUCUACGUGAACACCUAUGGGGGCGUCUACCUCAUGACGUGUGUGAGCGUGGACCGUUACGUGGCCGUGGUCCGCGCCCACCAGCGCCCCCAGCUCCGCAGCGCCGGCCGAGCGAGGCUCGUCUGUGUGGCUCUCUGGGCCCUGGCCUUGCUGCAGACGAGGGCUUUCAGACUGUCCCUUCAGCUCACCAUGCCCCUCAUGAACAUGAACCUCGGCACUGACCCCAUCAUCUACUUCCUUGCCUCCACGCGGUGCAGGAAAUGGCUCCUCGGCCUUUUAAAACUCAGAGUGUCAGCAUCUUCCUCCUCCUCCCCCCAGGGAAAAGCUUCCUCAGAAACAAGAAGUAUCAACCAGACUGGAGGCUCAGUGCCCUUAGCAGAGGAUGAGGUCUAA